AUGGGGUGCAGGGCGGCAGCUCUGCUCUUGCUCCUGGCUCUGCUCGUGGCGGUCUGCAGCGCUGGAACUGGAGCCAGCAGGAUCUCGAUCGUCAACGAUGCUGACGAAGGCGUCGCUAGCUUCAGGUCUCUCUUCAGCGUGUCUGGCUUUCAGCAGGCUGCCAACGACCUUCGAUCCAUCGUAGAGAACGCCAUCUCCCACAUUCACAUUGACAAAAUCUCGGGCAGCAUUGGCACGCCUAUCCACAUAGAUAUCGACUACGAGUACUUGUUGCCUCCUUCUCCUCCCUCCUUUACGUCUGCGCGUGCACUUCAGUUUAUCUUUUGA